UGUGAUGUGGUUAAUUUUCACUUUAUCGUUAUUGUAUUUUAUUUUGUACAUUAUUAGUAGCCCAAGUUUACUUCAUCUUUUUGUUUUUUAGACUUACUAUAAUUUUUACACAUUAUAAAUAAUUAACUAGUUAAAUUUAAUUGACAAUUUAAAAUUUAUUUUAUAUUAUAUUAUGUCUGAAACUGUGGAAAAAAUAAUUGAAGCUGUAAAUAGCACUAAUGGCACAGAUACUGAAUCAAUACUCAAAAAAACUCCAGCUACUUUUGAAGGAAUGAUGAUGGCCUAUUCUAGUCUCGUUAUAAUGGCAUUAAUACCAAUAUACCUUGGUGCAUUUCGUUCUGUGAAAUUGCACAUCCAAAACAAAUUAAAAAAGGAAGUUCCCGAAUCUAUGACGACUAAAGAUGCUAUGAUGUUUCCAGUAAUAGCCAGUGGUGCAUUAUUUACUCUUUUCAUUAUUUUUAGGAUUUUUCCUAAAGAAUAUAUCAACAUACUUGUUACCAUUUACUUCUAUAUUCUUGGAGUAGCAGCACUAAAUAAUUUAUUAGCUAAUCUAUUCAGUGUAAUGAUGCCAAAAAGUGUGCCUAAAACAGAAUACCAACUCCAAUUCAUAAAAGGAUCUAAUGAUAGCAAAGUUGAUUGGAUUAAUGUUAAAUUUUCUUUGCAUGAUGUUUUAUGUUUUAUUAUGUGUGCCUUACUUGGUGCAGUUUAUUUGUACAACAAACACUGGAUAGUAAACAAUGUUUUUGGAUUAGCCUUUGCAAUCAAUGGUGUAGAAUUACUACACUUAAAUAACAUAAAAAUUGGAUGUAUUCUUCUGUGUGGAUUAUUUUUCUAUGACAUAUUCUGGGUAUUUGGUACUAAUGUUAUGGUUACUGUAGCUAAAUCAUUUGAUGCGCCAAUUAAACUUAUAUUCCCUCAAGAUUUAAUAGAAAAUGGAGUUUUAAGUGCUAGUAAUUUUGCUAUGCUAGGCUUAGGUGAUAUUGUGAUACCUGGAAUUUUUAUUGCGUUCUUGUUAAGAUUUGACCAAAGCUUAAAACGGAAAACCAAUUUAUACUUCAAUGCCACAUUUUUAGCAUACUUUUUGGGUUUGUUAACUACAGUAUUUGUUAUGCAUGUAUUUAAAGCAGCUCAACCAGCUCUUUUAUAUUUGGUACCAGCAUGUUUAAUCACUCCCAUGUUGAUUGCUGUAGUGUGUGGCGAUUUAAAAACUCUAUUCAAUUAUGAAGAUCAUGAUAUGAUUAUUAAAGAUUCUUCAAAUUCUAAAGAAACUAAAGAAGAUUGAUGUAAAUAAACUUUUUACACAUUAUUGUUUUUAUGUGUGUGUUGAUUGUUAAACAUAAAUAACUUAUGUUUACUACUUAUAUGUAUUUAAAAUUGUUUUGUAUUUCUUUUUUUAAUUCCUUUAAAAUUUCAUAAUAGAUUGUUUAGACUUGUCUAGAUUUAUUUUAAUUUGAAACCCAAAUAAUUAUUAAAUUAAAAGUAAAAAUUAAAUUUUUCAAUUUAAUAAGUUUUUAUCUUUUGAAAAUGUUAUUUGACAUUUUUUAUUUAAAGUUUUAAAGAAAGUUUAUUUAGUUGAAAUUUAACAUAUUUUAUACAUAAUCAUUUAUAGCAAUUUAAAGUUUUUUUUUCCUAACUGUUAUUUUCAUUUAAAAUAUUAUCUUAUAAAUUCAAUUUAAAAAAUGAGUACUUACAUAUUUAAUAUAUUAAUAUCAACUUAUUAAAUUUCAUCAGUAAUUAUUUAUUUUCAAAUAAAUAAAUAUAUAUAUAUAUUUUUAUUUUAUUUUAUGAUUAAAGUUUAAUUUAGUUUAAUGUUUCAUUAUUUUUAAGUCAGUUAUGUUCUUCCUCAUAAUUAAUUUGAUCUCAAUAUAAUAAUUACAGUUAUAAAUAUAAUAAUAUACUUUUGAUAUAACCUGAAGAUGAAUUUAAUUUUUACAAUAUUUUAAUUUAUAUCUUAUACGCAAUUAUGAAUGUUUAGAUUAUUAUUUUUUUAUAAAAAUUGAAAAUUUUUAUACUUUCCCUUGUCCAAAAAUAAUCUUCCUCUUGUUGAAUUUUAUAAAUAUUUAAUUUAUGUAUUACAA